CAAUACUUGUUAUACAGUGAUUGCAGUAAUUUCAUUAUAAUAAAUAUUUAAUUAAACAAAUAAACUAUAUUUUAAAAAAUUAUUUUGAACUUUUAGUAAAUUUUUUAAAUUGUUUAAUAAAGUGCAUGGUAUUUUUUUUUUUAUAUUCAAGUGUUGUUUAUGAAUAAAUUAAUUAAAAUAUUUUAAUUGUUUAUUCGAUAGAAUGGAAAUGACUUAGUGAUUAUUUUUUGAAUAGAAAAAAAAAAAAAAAACUCUUUAUUGACUUAAAAAGUGGAUAAAAAUUUUUGUAGUUUUUUAAAAAAAAUAUUUUAAAUAUUGUCACAAACGUUAUAUUAUUGUGCUGAUGAAUAACAGAGUUAUGACAAAUAAAAUUCGCAGGCACUUAACGUGCUUGUUAAUAAUUUUGUCAGUUUCUACAUGUUAUGGUGAACCUGAACCACUACCUGGUAUGAUUUACGCUGAAAAUUUUGCUGAUGAUACAGAAGGAUUUUUGUUGCUACAAAGGCUAAAACAAGUUGCUGAAUUAAAAAAUGAAAUGAUUGAAGAUGAACAAGAAUUAAAAGAAGCACAGUAUGAAAUACAAGCAAUGCUUGAAGCAAAGGCAAGAAAUCAUCGAAUACAACCAAUUCAAACUGAAUUUUCUGGUGAACAAUCGGAAAUGUUACCAAUUCCAAGUGCUCGUGUUAAUCAAGGAUCAAUUAAUUCGGGCAAAAGAACAAGUUAUAUGGCCCUAUGUCAUUUUAAGAUUUGCAACAUGGGACGAAAACGUCAAUCACGAGCAGACUUGAAUGGAAAAUUAUGAGUUUUAACUGGACUCCAUAUAUUAAAUGCACUUAUCAGUGCAUAAUAAUAAACAAAAAAAAAAAAAAUGUAUACAAAAUUAAUUCGUCUUAAUUAAUAAUUCAAAAAUAUAUAUAUACAUAUAUAUUUAAAUAGAGAUAAUGCAAAAUUAUAUAUACCAAAGAGACAGAGAAAAAAAAAACAAAAAAAAAAAAAAAAUGAUUUAGCCUGAUUAUUUAAUCAUAAAUUUGAUGAUUUUUUUUUUUUUUUUGUCAAAUAUUAGUUUUAUCUAAUUGUUAUGAUUAAGUUAUCAUAUUUUUUUUUUUUUAAGCGUAAAAAGAAUAGCAGUUAUUAUUUCCUACUUAUUUGCUUGAAAACGUGUAGUAUUUGACAGUAUCUAUUUUUUCUAUUUUGCUUUGUUUUUGUCUAGCUUCAUAGAAUACAUUUGUAUUUAUUCUGUAGAUUUUUAUGGUUUAGAAGGGUGCAAAAUAGACGAAAAUAUAACUGGAAAAA